AUGUCUAGUGCCAAUGCGGAAAGUUCGACUAUCAAUAAAAGGGGUAGAAGGGAAUCACGUUCUAGACCUGAUAAGGGCAAAGCGAGAGAAGUCGAUGAUGGGAAACUCAGGAGUCCUGAUCCAUCAAUCCGUAAAGAUGGUGACAACAGUAUGAGAACAUUGAGUCCCGUGAGCGGAAGUGUAAGAGAGGGUGGAUCGACCGCCAGAAGAGUCAGGACUGUACCUCCCUCAGCAAUAUUCGAGCCACCCACUCCACCUUCACCUGCACAUUCUCCGCUUCCUCACCCUGAAAAUCCCACAUUAUCCCCUGACCCGCCCAAACGACGUCGUAGAUUGCGGUAUUCCAGCUCGUCCGACUCGUCCGUAGAUAGCGAUGACGAGACGAGCGACGACGAGCCUCCGUGGUGGACAUUCACGCAGAGGGGUAUGGCGAAGCUCAGAGCCAAGAACCUGCAUAGGAGUGGGAGAGAUGUAGAACAAGGACAGGUAAAUCAGGAGGGAGACCAUCAAGGUGAAAUGACAGAAGGAGAAUCAGGUAAAGAGAGGGAGAAGGAGAGCUAUUUUUCUUUCAACAAGGAAAGGCAUGGUCAUAGGAUGAGUGGUGUUUUCUCAUCUUCCUCUAGAAGAAGUUCCAAAGAUACUUCAACACCCAAUAAUAUCCAAGAACAACAAAAUGGAUCAACGCCAUCUUCAUUGAGGAACUUUAAACGAUUCACUGAAUCUCCUUCUACGACUUUAUCCUCUGGUUUAUCAGGUCCAUCACAUAUGAAAUUACUUCAUCCUGCGCCUAUCAGAUUCUCCAAUUCUACUCAACAUAUUUUCAGACGAUCAAGUCAAAAUCCCGAUAAGAUCAAUAACCCCCAUCAAGCUACUGAGCCAACUCCACCUGGCGGAGGAGGGAUCGUAAAACGUACUCAAGGCGUACCUACUCGUCCUGCAUCCGCACCUACUUCGCCUACGGUUGAAGCUCCCAGUCCAGGUAUGACUACACUAGUUGACGAUACCAGCACUAGAUUACCUUCCAAUGAAAGUAGCCAUCCCCUUCAAGCAGAUGGGGCAGCGGGAGAACCUCUUUCACCUAGGAGGUCAAAUAAACGACAACUUACAGCACCUGCAUUUCCUAGAUUCUUUAAAAGGAAUGAUACGGAUGAAGAACACGAACCAUUAGAACCAUUGACCGAUACGGAGGUCAUACCUUUUGCAACGGCGAGAUCAAGGGUAAAAUCAUCUUUAUCUAAACCAGUUGCAAUACCUGGAAUGGCUACUUCUUCAUCUGCCAUGUCGACUCCUAAUGGGUCCAGUCAAAUGAUACGUUCAGGAACAGGUGAAUCGGUCUCGAAUAUGAACGAGGCAGGAUCCUCCUCGACGCCCACGAGACCUAAGACGAAAAGGCGUUCGUCACACAUGCUAAGAAUCCAAUUACCCCCUCCGAUCACCAAUAGGUUCAAAGAUGGUUGGCCCCAUGCGGGAAGUUGGCAAGAUGCCUUGUAUGGAUAUUACGAAGAGAACGAUAAUCCCUCUGCUGUUCCUUAUCCACCUACCACAGCUGUUCCGCCAAGACCUAAAUCAUCAAGAUCCAGGAAAUCAACCGCUAAGAUGGAGAUCGGUGAUGGUAGUGAGGAGAAUCCCAUAACACCUCAAAGACGCGAUUUUGGGCUGAACGAUACAGCAAAUCAAGUCACACCUGAUCAAGGAGCAGCGAAUGGAAAUGGAAAUGGAAAUGGUGAAGUUGAUGCGGAAAAUACGAAAAGGACUAAAUCAAGGAGGCAAAAGAGAUAUAGGCAAGCUCUGGUACCUCCCACACCGUCCGGAUUGGGCUUUACACCCAGUGCCAGGAACGGUGAAGGAUAUCCGUGGAAUCAGAAUAGUGAUGAUGAACCGGCUGCGGCUGGACCUGGCGCCGGACCGGGGGAGAAGUCAAAUUGGGAAGCUGGUCUAGCUCAGAAGGAAGCUGGAGGAAGAUUGAAUGGAGGAGAGAACCUUGAAAGACAGGAUACAAUGGCUACUACCACUGGAACUUUAUCGGCAACAACUCAAGGUCGAAGAGGUAGUGAGAAAGGUUGGUGGACAACUAGGAAGGAAAGGAAGAAGCAGAAAAAAAUGGGGAGGAAAAGGAGUAGAGAAGUUGAUUCGGAUUGGAGACGAAGAUAUAGAAGGAUGUUGUUCUUGGACGCGAGAGUAACAAUUUGGAUCAGGUUGGUGAAUCUGGUUUUAGUGAUCAUUUCGCUUGGUCUAGCAGUAACUAUUCGAGAGGAACUGGAACAUCUUCGGGUCCCGGGGUUGAUCGGUUCAUCAACUACUCUAGUCAUGUCGUACUCCUGCUUAACGAUCUUACACGUUCUGACGGCGAUCUACCGAGAAUAUUUCGGUAAACCCAUAGGUCUAUGGGGACUUCGAUCUAAAAUGUUAUGGGUCUGUCUGGACCUGUUGUUUGUUGGCCUUUGGUCAUCUGCUGUAUCCCUUUCGACCAACGAUCUAAUUGCAACUCCAUUGGAAUGUACUUCUGAUUCACCUUGGUGGAGAGAAGGUUUGAACGAUCAAUAUUCGAUAUUAUUGAAAGAAUUAUCAAACGUAACUUCAGCCACCAAUAGUAAUACAAAUGCGACUAGACUGAUUUCUCAUUCUGUUUCCGUCACUUUACCUUCAACUAUCAUCAAUGCCCCUCUAGCCAAGGAAGCUUGUAGAAGACAAGCUGGAGUGAUCGCGUUGAGUUUAUUAUCAUUAUUGUUAUAUGGAGGAAAUAUGGUUAUUAGCUUGUUUAGGAUAUUCGAAACUGUUAGAAGGACUGCUAAUGUCAGUAAAGCUGUGACGCUGUAG